CCAAAUAGCCCAAACGGGUUUAGAAAAAAAAGAAGAAAAAAAACUCUUCAAGUUUUCUCUCUCUCUCUCUCUCUUCUAGAUUCUUCUGCUCUUUCUCUAAACAGUUAUACAACAAUGGCGGCUACUCGGAAGUCAAGCGGACCGGUUCUCCGGUCACUUUCACCGGCCGGAAGAUUUUAUUCUCCAGGCCAAAGGUCCGGUUCUGCUUUUGCUUCCUCAACUUCCGGUUUUUCAGCCGGCUCACAUGCAAUUCUCCACAGGUCAACUUCUCCGAACCGUGUGAAUUUAUACAGCUCAAGGUCGUCAUCUCCGGCGUCGUCCGUACGGUUCUCUCUGGACCGUUCGACUUCACCAAGCCGGUCUAUUUCUGCUGUAAACCGGAAUCACGUGGUGCAGAACCGGAGUUAUAAAUCCUUGCCUAGUAGCGGUCAGAAGAAGACGUGUAUGUGCUCGCCGACGAAUCAUCCAGGUAUUUUUCGUGAUGGUCAGAUUCGUUUGGCAGGAACUGAACAGUAAUCAGGAACAUUAUCAGAGACCAGAAUGAACAGAGGAUAAUUAAAAAUUUAAAGAUAUAUUGGACAACCUAGAUUUUUCACUAAAUAGAUAAUUAAUUGAUUACAAAGAUGCUUGAUUGAAGUUAAUCAAUUUAGAAACAAAUAAUGGUAAAAAGGUACUUUUUUAGCCAUAAAAACAAAUAAUGGUUCGGGUGACCCUUUAAGUUGGUUUGGUGAGCAACUUUGUCAUGAUUAUAUUCAUUACCUUUUCUUAGUAGGAUUUUCUUUUCAACAUUUACAAAAGCAAAUUAGUAAUCAUGACGUUAAGAUUAUUAAUUUGAAACAGAUGGAACACUUCGAUUGCACAUAAUAGAAGUAUAAAAAUAUCAUAUACUUCAAUGGUAACUAGAUUUUUCCAUUGUAUAGAUAAGCUAUUUUCUUAGUUAACUUGCCUUGUGAGUCCUUUGGUCGAAUAGCUACCAUAAAGUUAUCUAUCGUGUUUUUACUUAGGAGGUAUUUUUGACUAUUUACCUUAUUGGUAUUUGAACAAUUAUAAUACUAGUUCAUAACUAAGGUGUUUGUGGUUUUUAGGAAUAAUUAUCACCAAGGCUAAAACAGAAAAAUAAUAUA